UUUUUAUAGAUAAAAAACGAAAAUAAUCAUUAAAGUGUUGUUUUUGUUAAUUUUAUUGGAAAAUCAUAGAACGUAGCGCGGCGCGUUAUGUUACGACGCGCAACGACAAUCGAAAAAAAACAUAAACUAAAGCGCUGAGAAAAUGUUGCCCCGACGACGUUGGUGUUGACUAAUAACAAGAGUGUGUGCGUGUGUGUGUUUGGUCAGUGUGAGUGCAAGGGGCACGGCGGCUCCUUUUGCAUCACUGCGGCAGUGACCACGAAGAUAGCGAGGGCGCUGCUGCGAAGAAAUGUUUUCCAGUAGCAGUGGCCAUGCAUCUUCAUACAGCGGGAUUGGCAGCAGCACGCAGGACGAUGGCUACGAUUUUACCAAAUGUGAGAAUGCGGCCCGUUGGCAUGGACUGUUCACCCCUGCGCUGAAAAAAGUGCUGGAGCAGGUGAAUCCGCGUGUCACGGCCACCGAAGAUGCACUGCUGUAUGUGGAGAAGUUAUGUCUGCGUCUUCUGGCGAAGCUGUGCGCCAAACCACUGCCUCACUCUGUACAGGAUGUGGAGGAAAAGGUGAAUAAAUCAUUUCCAACUCAAAUCGAUCAAUGGGCUCACACCCUGGGCAAGGAGGUCCCCAAUUCCAAGAAGCGCAAAUCUGUACUUCCCACGGAACGCGUGCACACGCUACUCCAAAAGGAUGUGCUGCAAUAUAAAAUCGAUAGUUCGGUAUCGGCAUUUCUGGUCGCUGUCCUGGAAUGCAUCUCGUCGGAUAUACUCAAAAUGGCCGGUGAUUAUGUGUGCAAAAUCCAGCAGUGUGAGAUAACAAAGGAGGACAUUGAGGUGGUCAUGAACGCCGAUAGGGUGUUCUUGGACAUGCUCAACCAGAGUGAUAUAAAGACAAAUGUAUUGCCCAGUCCACUGUCGUUGCCGGCGCAGCGCGCGAGUGCAACAUACGAGGAGACGGUGAAAGAGUUAAUACAUGAUGAAAAACAAUAUCAGAGAGAUCUGCACAUGAUUAUACGAGUAUUUCGAGAGGAGCUAGUAAAAAUUGUGCGUGAUCCCAAGGAGUUGGAGCCCAUAUUCUCCAAUAUAAUGGACAUUUAUGAGGUAACAGUGACGCUGCUGGGCUCUCUCGAAGAUGUUAUCGAGAUGUCACAAGAGCAGAGCGCACCCUGUGUGGGAAGUUGUUUUGAGGAGUUGGCCGAGGCCGAAGAGUUUGAUGUGUACAAAAAAUAUGCGCACGAUGUGACCUCUCAAGCAUCGCGUGAUGCUCUGAGCAAUCUGCUGGACAAACCUGAUGCUCUAUCGCUCAUGUCCGCUGGUCAUAACUUUCGUGAUGCUGUUAAGUAUUAUUUGCCCAAACUGCUGCUGGUGCCCAUUUGCCAUGCCUUUGUCUAUUUCGAUUAUAUUAAACACCUAAUGGAUCUCAGUUCUUCACAGGACGACAUUGAGAGCUUUGAACAGGUGCAGGGUCUGCUGCAUCCGUUGCAUUGCGAUCUUGAGAAGGUUAUAGCCAGUCUGUCAAACGAAAGAUUAGUGCCGGUAAGCGCACGGGUCCGUCGCCAAUUGGCCAUAGAGCGCACCCGGGAACUGCAAAUCAAAGUUGAGCAUUGGGAUGACAAGGAUGUGGGCCAGAAUUGCAAUGAAUUUAUACGUGAGGAUUCGCUGAGUAAGCUUGGCUCCGGCAAACGCAUUUGGAGCGAACGAAAGGUAUUUCUUUUUGAUGGUCUGAUGGUUCUGUGCAAGCCAAAUACGAAGAAACAAACGCCCUCAGCUGGCGCCACUGCCUACGACUAUCGACUGAAAGAGAAGUACUUUAUGCGUCGAGUAGAGAUCAACGAUCGAGUUGACACGGAUGAGCUGAAGAACUCGUUUGAGUUGGCCUCUCGCGUACAGCCUGCCAUUGUACUGACGGCGAAAAAUGCGCAGCACAAACACGACUGGAUGGCAGAUCUCAUUAUGGUGAACACGAAAUCGAUGCUGGAUCGCAUAUUGGAUAGCAUACUGCAGGACAUUGAGAAAAAACAUCCGUUGCGCAUGCCCAGCGCCGAUAUCUACAAGUUUGCCAUACCUGAUAGCAGCGCGAAUAUUGUGCUGGAGGAGCGCGAAAGUACUGGCGUGCCAAUGAUCAAGGGUGCCACGCUUUGCAAACUGAUUGAACGCCUAACCUAUCACAUCUAUGCUGAUCCAACGUUUGUGCGUACUUUUCUAACCACAUAUCGGUAUUUUUGUUCGCCGCAAAAACUGCUGCAGCUGCUAAUCGAACGUUUCGAUAUACCCGACCCCAGUCUGGUGUAUCAGGAUCAGCAUGGCACAACGUCUGCAGAUAAGGAUCAAGCAACAGCUGCCAGCUGCGAUAGUGAUAAGAUGCAUAAGAGCUCACAACGUGAGGAUUGGAAACGUUAUCGCAAAGAGUAUGUGCAGCCGGUGCAGUUUCGUGUCCUUAACGUUUUACGCCAUUGGGUCGACCAUCAUUUCUAUGACUUUGAGAAGGAUCCUACGCUUCUGGACAAUUUGUUACAUUUUCUGGAGAGUGUCAAUGGAAAGUCCAUGCGCAAAUGGGUGGAUUCUGUGCUGAAAAUUGUACAGCGCAAGAACGAACAGGAAAAAAGCAAUAAGAAAAUCGUUUACGCCUAUGGCCACGAUCCACCACCAAUUGAAUAUCACCUGCAUGUGCCUGAAGAUGAGAUAACGCUGCUAACGUUGCAUCCGUUGGAGUUAGCCCGUCAGCUGACGCUUCUCGAAUUCGAAAUGUACAAGAACGUCAAGCCCUCGGAACUUGUCGGGUCGCCCUGGACAAAGAAAGACAAGGAACAGAAAAGUCCCAAUUUGCUCAAGAUUAUGAAACAUACGACAAAUGUGACGCGCUGGAUUGAAAAAUCAAUCACCGAGUCCGAGAACUAUGAGGAACGAUUAGCCAUUAUGCAGCGUGCCAUUGAGGUUAUGAUGGUGAUGUUAGAACUAAACAAUUUCAAUGGUAUACUCUCGAUAGUGGCUGCCAUGGGUACUGCCUCAGUUUUCCGACUGCGCUGGACCUUUCAGGGUUUGCCCGAACGCCAUAAAAAAUUCCUAGACGAAUGCCGAGAGCUGAGCAAUGACCAUCUAAAGAAGUAUCAGGAACGUUUGCGCUCUAUAAAUCCGCCAUGUGUGCCAUUCUUUGGACGUUAUUUGACUAAUAUUUUGCAUUUGGAGGAGGGCAAUCCGGAUUUGUUGCCCAACACGGAGCUAAUUAACUUUUCCAAACGACGAAAAGUAGCGGAAAUCAUUGGCGAAAUACAACAGUAUCAGAAUCAGCCCUAUUGUUUAAAUGAGGUGCCAAGCAUUAGGCAUUUUUUGGAACAACUAGAUCCGUUUAAUGGACUGACCGACAAAGAAAUGUCGGACUAUCUCUACAAUGAAAGCAUGCGAAUUGAACCUCGAGGCUGUAAGACGGUGCCCAAAUUCCCCCGUAAAUGGCCCAACUUGCCGCUUAAGUCGCCAGGCAUAAAGCCGCGCCGACAGAACAAUAACAGCAAGGGAAACAACAACAUCAACAGCAACGUACAGCCGGCGCCAACGAACGUGGAACAAGCGACGGCCAGUGCGGGAGAGCAGAGUCCCGUACACAAUCCGCAUGCCUAUUCGGUGUUUGCGCCCGUCAUCAUACCCGAGCGUAAUGGAAGCACAUGGGGCGGCACGCCAGUUCACAAAGCAGAUGCAUACUCAGCAUCGGCGACGGCGUCAGCAACCGCAGCAGCUGUUAAUAAUGGCGAGGUAGCCGCUGUGCCGCAUUUGCCGAAGAAACCAGGCGCACAUGUCUGGACAACAAGCGGCACAUCGGAUGUGUUCAGUCCCCAGCUUCCGGAGUCGAUGCGUAGCAGCAAUGUGCUAGAAGAGCGUAUGCAGAGCACCAAUCCGUUCAACACCGGCAUUCCUGAAUUGGAUCCUUUGCCACCAUCACCAUUGCCCAAACUGAUGGUCAGUCCACGUCAUGAGGCGAAUGCGGCUACGUCAUCGACAACGUCGUCUUCUAAUGCUGGCAAUCGUUCACCAUUCCAUUCCAAUCGUGCGUCCAAUGCAUCUGUUCAGUACAGCCCCACGUAUAGCAUUGCAAGCACAGUAACGCUUCAGGGCAACACGAUGGGCGUUGGUAUCGGCAUGGGCGAUCUAAGCCCACAGCUGGGCGGCUUCUACUACAAUAGCGGACAGCCGCCUGUUCCUAUAUCGCCGCAUGUGAAUGUUCCGACAGUCGCGUCUUUGGAAUACCGCGCUGUACCGCCACCGUUGCCCCCGCGACGCAAGGAGCGCACUGAAAGCUGUGUGGACAUGGCGCAAAAGCAACAAGCGCCUGAUGCGCCAAUUUUACCUCCGCGUGACGGUGAAUUGAGUCCACCGCCCAUACCGCCUCGACUCAAUCAUUCCAUUGGCGGCACCUACAACCGUCACAGUCAGGCGAAAGAGUUUGUGGGCAAGAGCAGUUUGUUGCUACCAAAUACAAGCAGUAUUAUGAUUCGCCGCAAUUCGGCCAUUGAGAAGCGAGCUGCGGUGGUCGCACAGCAGCAGCAACAACAACAACAACAGCAUUUGCUACAACAACAAAUGCAGCACACAACAGAUUUAAUGCAAGUGGCAACAACAGCCACAACACUCGUCACUGUCUCUCAAAGCACACAAAUUGAUGAGCAGCCUCCACAAUCAAUUUCACCCGCGCUCAGCUCCUCAACCACAACAUCACCCAUGACACCCAUGACGCCCAUGUCCCCGCCCAUUCCGACGACAGUCGAGCAUCAGCAUCAGACGCGACUAAAGCCACAACAGCAGCAGCAUUCGCAGCACUCCCAGCACCAUCAACAACAUUCACACCAGCAGCAACAGCAACAACAACAGCAGCAGCAACAGCAACAACAACAUUUACAACAGACGCAGCACCAUCACCAUCAUCAUCAUGCUCAUCAGCAUCAACACCAGCAGCAGCAACAUCAUCAUCAUCAUGCACAUCAUGCCACACAUACACGCUCGUCCCCCCAGGAAUUCUUUCCGAUUGCCACGAGCCACGAAGGUACACCCAAACUUCCACCAAAACCUAGUCUAAGCGCAAACUUCUAUAACAAUCCAGAUAAAGGUACGAUGUUUCUUUACCCAAGUACAAACCAAGAAUAAUAUUUAUUGCCUGGCGAUGUGAUAGGACAAACAAGUAGAUGAAAAACUUAGAUGAAAAAACAAAAAAAAAAACCGAGCAGCAAGUGCAGAAAUAUUAUGUAUUCUAGUAGAGCCGAAGAUGAUAUGACAUGUUUAAUCAGAUAAUUUUUAUUAUUCAACUCAUUAAAACAAAAAAAGAAAUGAAGCAACAAGAAAACAAAUGCAAAAUACAAGAGGAAAUUAUGUUAUUGUAUAAUUAUUAUAUAUAUAUAUAAAAAAAACAAAACAACAAAUUGUAAAUAUUGAAAACAUUGUAUUGAUCGUAGAG